GAGGUAAAACCAACAGAUAAGGCAUUGGCUUUCUCCUUUGUUGAUUCCUCACUGCCACUGCCUACGAAUUUUCGGCGGCUGCCGGAACAACCGCAAAGUCUCUCCCUUUUUUGCCGUUCUCUUUUGCUGCAACAGAUUGAAUCAUAGGGGGAUAAUGGAAACCAGCACCACCCAAAAUGGUGGUUCUAGUAUCAUGUGGUUCUUCAGGGAUAAAGGUUUUGAUGAUAAGAGCAUUCAGGAUAUGCUCAAAAAGUGCAAGCGUCUUGAGAACGCGCAAGCAGAAAGAGCCUCCGAGAAUUGGGCUUAUUUGAAGAGUAUUGGCAUUCAGGAGAGGAAGCUACCUUUUGUUGUCUCAAAGUGCCCCAAGAUACUUACUUUGGCUCUCCACGAGAAGCUCAUCCCUACAGUUGAGUGCCUCACCACGCUUGGUACUAAGCCCCGUGAAGUUGCGUCUGCCAUUGCCAAAUUCCCUCACAUUCUGUCCCAUAGCGUGGAAGAGAAGCUCUGUCCCCUUUUGGGAUUCUUUGAGGCUCUGGGAAUUCCUCAAAAGCAACUUGGCAAAAUGAUUUUGCUCAAUCCAAGGCUCAUCAGCUACAGCAUUGAAGCAAAGCUUUCUGAAAUCGUGAACUUUCUUGCUAAUCUUGGCCUAUCCAGAGAAGGAAUGAUUGGAAAAGUACUGGUAAAGAACCCGUUUAUCAUGGGUUAUAGCGUUGACAAAAGACUGCGCCCUACGGCAGAGUUUUUGAAAUCAGUAGGUCUCACAGAGCAGGGUCUUCAGACAGUGGUAAUGAACUUUCCGGAAGUGUUGUGUAGAGAUGUGGACAAGAUUCUGAGACCCAAUUUCGAAUUUCUAAAGAGAAGUGGAUUUGAAGAUGGACAGAUAGCGGCUUUGGUGUCUGGUUAUCCACCCAUUCUGAUCAAGAGCAUCCACAACUCUUUAGAACCGAGAAUCAGGUACUUGGUAGAGGUUAUGGGGAGACGAAUUGAUGAAGUCGCUGAUUAUCCUGACUUCUUCCGCCAUGGUCUGAAGAAAAGAGUGGAGCGGCGACACAAACUUUUGAAACAGACGACAACUGAUUGUAGCUUGAGUGAAAUGCUGGACUGUAAUCAAAAGAAGUUCGUAACGAAGUUUGGUUUGGUUUGAAGAAUAGGCUCAAGGUACUAGAGUUUCAUUUUUCUAUCCUUCGAUAAUCGUUAUUCUUGUAUUGUAGCUUAGUUUGGCAUUGCAAUUUCAAUAUAUCAGGUGAAUUGAACUUGUAUAUGGUUCAAGAAUCUGGUGGUCAUAGAAUGACUUGGUCUUAAAUACAUUUCAAUAUAUAUGUCUUUCUUCUAUCAA